ACUUCCGUUUCGCUGUGAUGGUUGUUGCUGAUGACGAAUGUUGUAAGUUGAAGGCUAAACUGUGUCCAUAGACAGUGUCAAACUCACGAUCUUUACAAUUUUUAGGAGCAUCGUCACUUUUACUUCAUUUUCUUUCAACAUUUUAAAGCUUUCACCAUGAUGCAAUUCAUUCUUGGCUUUACUCUUGGAAACGUGGUUGGCAUGUACCUGGCACAGAAUUACGAGGUACCCAACAUUUCAAAGAAGAUCGAGGCCUUCAAAAAGGACGUGGAAGCCAAGAAGAAACCUCCAGAGUGACGAUGAGUCACAGGUGGAAAUAUGGCUGAUAUGAUUGAACUGAAACUAGAGGGGACAUAAAAAAACAGGAAAUUCUCAAUGUUACCGUUUAAAUAUAAACAUCUUAAAUGCACAGUAUAAUCCAGGUGUCAAAUAUUGCCUCAAAUCCCCUUUUGGUUUAAAAGUUGAUUUUUCUCUUCUGCCUUGUUUUCUAAAGUGAGUGCAAUUCAAGCCAAUAAAGAUAAGGUUUCUGUUA